UGGUGAUAACUUUGAUUGUCUUUAUUUAAUUGUCGGUUAAUUGUCAUUGAUUUUUAUUGCUUCUAUUGAUUAGAGUAAGUUCUUUGGUGUCGCGAGAUGGAACCACCAGUAGAUUUGUAAGAGAGAAAAGAAAAGCUAUAAAAUUGAAAGUAAAUCUGAAACAAUUUAAAUUAGUGAUUAAAUGGAUUCAUCAACGGAACAAUUUACUUCGGUCGCUUCUAAAUAUCCCAAAAAAUAUCCUGAGGUUUUCGCCUAUGGUACCUCUGGAAUACGAUGUCUUGGGCAUAAACUUGAUUCCACUGCCUUUAGAUUGGGAAUUGUUGCUGGAUUAAGGUCUCAAAUUAACAAAGGUAAAGCUGUUGGUUUGAUGAUCACUGCUUCUCAUAAUCCAUCUGAUGAUAACGGAAUCAAAUGUAUUGACUCUCAUGGAUCAAUGUUGGACGAGGAAUGGGAACCAAUUUGUACCAAAUUAGCUAAUCUACCGGAUGAGGAGUUGAAACAAUCUGUUGAUGAUUUGAUUAAAGAGCAUCAAGCGAAUGGACCAAGUUUAGUGUUUAUUGGUAUUGAUACACGAGGAACAUCAGCUGGAUUAGCGAAAGCAGCCACCGAUGGUGCUAAAAUCGUCGGUGCUGAGGUUCGUCACUUUGGCCUGGUAACUACUCCGCAAUUACAUUAUAUGGUUUAUACUUAUAACCUAAAUGAAGGUGACCCAACUGAACAAGGUUAUUACAAUAAAGUGUCAAGUGCAUUCAAAGAGUUGUGUUCUGCCUUUAAGGAAGUUCCCUCUAAUUAUGUGCCGAUUUUGAAUCUCGAUUGUGCCAAUGGUGUUGGCGCUUGUUCCAUGAAAAAGUUGGUGCCUUUGUUAGAGCCUUUUUUACAGGUGAAACUUCACAAUACCUGCGAAAAGGGAAUGGUCAAUUUCGAGUGUGGCUCUUCUUAUGUUGAGACAACAUUCCGACAACCUUAUGGUUGUGCCGUCAAACCCGAUGAACAUUGGGCAUCUUUCGAUGGCGAUGCCGAUAGAAUCAUUUUCUAUUAUCGAAACUCCGACUCGAAAUUGCGAAUAUUAAAUGGCGAUAAAAUUGCAGCUCUGUUCUGCAUUUACAUUAAAGAAUUGGUCACCGCUUGUGAACUUUCCAAUAAACUGACCAUUCAAGUUAUCCAAACAGCCUAUUCGAAUGGAAGAACAGCCGAAUUCUUGAGAGAUACAGUCGGUGUUCGAGUUGUUUGUACACCAACUGGAGUCAAACACCUUAUGAGAAGAACAUCAGAAUGUGACAUUUCUAUUUGGUUCGAAUCUAAUGGACAUGGGUCAAUUCGUUAUAGCGACAGAGCUUACGAAAUAGUUAAGGAAAAAGCUUCAACUGAUUCAACAGGUUCAGCGAAUCUUUUGAUUAAAAUCUUCAACCUUAUGAACCAAGCUACAGGUGAUGCAAUUUCUGAUUUUCUUUUGGUCGAAGCGAUUCUCAGAGCUAAAGAUUGGGAUCCUAAAAACUGGGACGCUGUUUACACUACUUAUCCCUCGAGAUUGAUGAAACUAAAAGUUCCCGAUCGUAACUUCAUCAAGACAAACGAUAUCGCAACGAUCAUCUAUGAGCCCGAAUCAUUGCAACAAGAUAUUAGUAAAUUGAUUGAGACUUUCGGUCCAGGGAGUCGAACGAUUGUCCGAGCUUCUGGAACUGAAGAUUGUGUCAGAAUUUAUACCGAAUCAACUACUCAGGAUAAUGCCGAUCAAUUGGCUGAACAAAUUGUCUUGUUGGUUACUAAAUAUUCUGGACUGAAACAACAACGAUCAGAAAAACUCGAUUAAAAUUUGAAAAUUGAAGGGAAAAUUUUAAAUCAUCGGGGUUCAAGUAAUCAUCUAUUUAUUAACAAAAUAUUUACAUCUCUUGAUUGGAUAAAUUUAUACUUUUCAUAUUUGUUUGAUUAAAAAUAUCGAUUCGGACACACUUUUUA